GGUGCUAGAUAUUUCUUUAAUGAUUCAUGCACCUCACGAUUCUUGCAAGAUCUCGGGGUGAAUACCCUGCAACAUACGUACGUGUCUUGCGGUGUAGCCACUCAACCAGUCUACUUCAAGUCGCAAUCAAUAGAAACCGAUAUCCACGACUUCAUAAGCCGAAGUAUCGAAACAGACGAUGCAAGGCUACUCGAAAAAAGUAUGGAGACAUCCAGAAGUGAAUAUGUGGAUGCUGCAAGCGAUGCCUUUUCGAACUUGUCUUGGGCUGAGAAAGCCCGUCGUGAUAUGAUGACAUCACCAGUAAUUCGACGGUUACUCUUCAAAACAGCUGGCACUAGUCGGCAUUCUGAUUCAGCUGAAGAGACGCAAAGCAGAGCGGACCAUUCACAACAGACGUCACUGAUUAUCGAUCGCCUUCAGCCAGCUUUCGAUCAGGAACAACAAACAUCGAUCAUCAUCGAUCUGCCGCCACGUCCAUCUGUCGAUCAUGUUGCCGUCCAGUCAUCACCGGAUGUCAUGGAAAAGAUGACUGCACCAAUGGUAGCGUUGCCGUGGAAUUAUCCAAUGCCAGCAUCGCAGGAUGAUAUGAUGAAUCGAUCUCAGCAGACUUCAAUCGAACUACUAAAUCAACUGACGGCUAGGAAAUUGUCUGUCGUCUCGACUUCUGUCGGACCUGAUGAAGAGGCCGAAUCGUAUCAUCCGGGCACGGACUGGAAUCAUCUUGGCAGCAGUAGUUUCUAUGACGGACGGAUGACGGACAGUAUCGAAAUGAGUAAUACCAGAGCACGAUCGAGUUCAACAUCUGGUCUGGGUACGAGCAUCUACGAAGAAGAAAGUCGUCAGAGCAAGCCUGGAGUUUCCCGUCUGUUUUCCUUCAGGAAAAGCUAG